AUGGUAUUAGUCGGCACUGGAUAUGAGACAACAAAAGCACUGGCUCAGGUGGGGGCAAAGGUCAUUCUAGCGUGCCGAUCUGAAUGUAAAGCCAAUCAGGCCAUUUAUAGAAUGAAGAGGGAACACGAAGAAGAAAAAUCUGAUCCUACAAAGCAGAAAGUACAAAUAAAGGUCGAUGAUCUCCACGUUGAAUUCAUGACCCUUGACCUUGCCUCAUUGGAAAGUACAGUUACCUUCAUAGAAGCCUAUAAGAGCAGAGGUCUUCCUCUUCAUGUUCUUGUGUGCAACGCUGGUAUCUUCUGUGGUCCCAAGGCCCUGACGUCUGACGGGUACGAACCUCACUUUCAGAUCAACUAUCUCUCCCACUUCUUACUCAUCCUCCAUCUUCUACCUGUCUUGAAGAGAUCUGGUCCAGGAUCUCGAGUGGUCUCUGUUGCGUCCGGUAUGUAUCGGCUCGCCAGCUGGAAUGUCGACGAUAUGCAGUGCUUGGAGAACCCCGACUUGAAGAAUCGUUACGCUACCUCGAAAUACUAUCAGAUAAUGCACAUGUUCUCAUUGGCUCAACGUUUGGAAGAAAAAGGGGUCGGUGUGUUUUCGGUGCACCCGGGUGUGGUCGAUACAGAGAUUUGCAUGCGUGGUGGGCCGGAGGUACCGGUGCUGACGAAAAUUCGAAGGACCCUCGGGGCCAAAAUGUUGAGGUCUCCAUUUGAGGGUGCGCUGUCAUCACUUCAUGCCGCCGCUAGCCCGGUAUAUGAUGGGAAGACUGCGAUCUACUUUGAAAGCUCAACGCCCCGGGAUGUCACAGCUAUGGUCAGAGACAAGGAAAAACAGGAGAUUCUAUGGAAAUAUUCUCUUGAAUGCCUCAAGGAGUACAUUACAGAAGAUAUCUCGACGGAACUACCAUAAGCAUAAAACAAUGGCCUAGAAUGUUAGGCUU